CUUUCCUACCGUACCAACAUCCAAAUAUCGAUCGACACCUACAUACAUACAUCUUAUCAAUCUGUAUUGCAUUGUUGUUGGAUUGACAGUCAAGGUUGAUUCACAGUCAAGAUUGAUAUCAUCAUACUGAUCAUUCGUUUUGUAUUGAUCAAUCUUUCGACGAACGACUGUGACGUUGAUUGAUUCAUUCCUUGUUCGACUUGACGACUACUUUUACCACAGUAUGUUUCGAUCGGUUGCUUCUUUGGCGUUGCGCGGUAGUAUUGGUACUGGACGAGGCGUUGCACAAAGCCCGCGCGUCGUACCGUUCGGAUCGGCCGUCACGGUACGCCAUUCCAGUAACAGUCACACGAACAGUAGUAGUCACACGCCGGAACGCUUGCGGUACAAUGUCAUUCCCAAGUCAGACUUUGGAGCCUUUAAGGAAUAUUCCGUCAUUCACACGGACCGGUCCUUGAAUCUCAUGAGUGAUCCCUUUCAACGCGUCAUGCGGGAUCUUAACGAACUACUCAAGGUCACCUACAAUGCUGAUAAGGUUGUCAUCCUACCCGGAUCCGGUACGUUUGGCAUGGAAGCCGUAGCUCGUCAGUUUGCACAGAACGAACACGUCAUGGUCAUUCGCAACGGUUGGUUCUCCUACCGCUGGACCGAGAUUUUCGAAAUGGGGUCGUCCGAACCCGGGGUGGAAGCCGGAGGUGUCGGGGCCGGCAUUCCCACGUCCCACACCGUCCUCAAGGCCCAACCCGUACCCGUCCCUGGGAACGACACGGGCAGCAGCAACACCAAAACGACACACUUUGCCCCGCAUCCCAUUCAAGACGUGGUCUCACGGAUUCAUCAGGAACGACCCGCCGUCUUGUUCGCUCCCCACGUCGAAACAUCCACCGGUAUGAUGCUUCCCGACGAAUACAUACAAAAGGCCGCCCAAGCCAUGCACGACAUUGGUGGACUCUUUGUCCUCGAUUGCAUCGCCUCCGGAACCGUAUGGGUCGACAUGAAGGCGCUUGGGGUGGACGUGCUCAUCUCCGCACCGCAAAAGGGAUGGACCGGUCCACCCUGCGCCGCACUCGUCAUGAUGAGCGACCGAGCCGUCGCCCGCAUGUCACAAACCUCCGAAACAUCCUUCAGUAUGAGUCUGAAACGAUGGGCCGCACUCAUGGACACGUACGAAAAGGGCGGAUUCGCCUACCACACCACCAUGCCCACGGAUGCCCUCCGCGAUUUUCACGAAAUAUCCGUCGAAACCUUGCGUUUCGGUCUACCCGAACUCAAGACGGCACAAUUGAAUUUGGGAUGGUGGGCUCGUGGUACCCUCGAUCGCAAGGGUCUCGUCUCGGUAGCCGCACCCGGAUUCCAAGCACCCGGUGUGCUCGUUUACUACAGUCCCUCGCAAACCGACAAUCCCGUCAUGAUGAGCUCCUUUAAGGCGCAGGGACUCCAAAUUGCCAUGGGCGUGCCUUGGAAAAUUGACGAACCGGAAGGCCUCAAAACCUUCCGCAUUGGACUCUUUGGAUUGGACAAACUGGGCAAACCCGACGAGACGAUUCGUGUCAUGGAAGAAGCCUUGGAUCAGGUUUUGGACAGUGUGGGGCACACGGCCAAGAGCAAAAAAGUGGCCUAGACACAUGCAGGUGUGGGUCGCGUCUCCACUCCAUGUUUUCCAUUCCCACGGUGUGCACCCUCUUGUCUCCUACUAUGUAUGAACUACCAUAAGCACUAGACGUUUCUGCUUUUUUUCUA